AUGGAUGCGAGCGAGAAGUCCGCGGGAACCCAGCAUCCCCCUGGCACCCAGCAAGUGGAGGAUGUCACCGUCCGGACCAUGGUUGGUAACGAAAGCUACAAUGAAGCAUUGAUUCUGGAACCACCUCGGCUUACACACCCAACUAGCUUGCUGCUGGUGCUCUGUUUGAUGGUAGGCUUUUGCUGCCAGACCGUGAACGGAUUCGACGGUGCGCUUUUCAGUGGUCUUCUUGCGAAUAAUGUCUUUUUAGGAUACUUCCAUGGUUCCGAUGCGGGCAUCUGGGCUGGCUUGGUAUCUGCCAUGUAUCAGAUUGGGGGUGUUUGCGCUCUUCCUUUCGUUGGCCCCGCCAUUGACACAUGGGGUCGUCGUGUUGGAAUGUUUUUGGGCAGCUUCUUGAUCAUUGUGGGCACCAUCGUGUGUGGUCUCACCAUCUACAACCCAACUGCUAAUCAAUUCAUGGGUGGUCGGUUCGUACUUGGCUUCGGUGUAGCAGUAGUCUCCGCCGCAGGUCCCAUUUAUGUCGCCGAGACGAUUCACCCUUCUUUUCGCGGAAUGGUUACGGGCUACCGCAAUACCUUCUGGUUUAUCGGCUCGAUUCUUGCCUCUGGUGCUGUGCGUGGCUGUAUUACUCUCACUACCAAUGAGUCCUGGCAGAUCCCUGUCUGGCUUCAAAUGGUCUUCUCUGGUAUUAUCGUGUGUACUUGCUGGAUGAUUCCCGAAUCGCCUCGUUGGCUCUACGUGAAUGGGAAGCAAGAGAAGGCGGCUGCUGUUUUGACCAAAUGGCAUGGCCUGGGGAAUCCUGAAUCCGUAUGGGUGAGGCUACAGCUUUCCGAGUAUGAAGCUCAUUUAAACAUGUCUGGAUCUGACAAGAGAUUCUGGGACUAUCGCACCUUGUUCAACAGUCGAGCCAACUUUUAUCGUCUAGCAUGCAACUGCCUCUUUGCCAUUUUCGCACAAUGGGCCGGAAAUGGUGUCUUGACGUAUUUCUUGGUUCCAGCCCUCAAGGGCGCCGGCUUUACUUCCUCUGUUACUCAGGCGAAUAUAAACUUGGGCUAUUCCUGUUUUCAGUUCUUUUGGGCUCUUGUCGGUGCUGCGUGUAUUGACAAAAUUGGCCGGCGCCCAAUGAUGCUCUGUGGAAUGGCCGGCUGCUCUCUUGUUUGGAUCGGAGUGCUCGCAGCUUCGAGCCAAGUCGAUGAUUCGCAAGGAAGUGUGAACUCGGCCGCGUCUAAUGCCACCCUAGCCUUUAUCUUUAUCUUCGGUGCUGUCUUUUCCUUCAGCUUGACGCCGCUUCAAGCCUUGUACCCUGUCGAAGUUUUGUCCUACGAAAUGCGUGCGAAGGGUAUGGCCUUCUCAGCACUGGCUGUUAACGCUUCUGGUUUGCUUAAUCAGUUCGCAUGGCCGGUCGCCUUGGCCAAGAUUGGUUGGAAAACUUACAUCAUUUUUGUUAUUUGGGAUGCUAUCCAAACUGUCAUCAUGUAUUUUCUGCUUCCGGAGACCAAAAACAGAACGCUUGAGGAACUUGACGCUAUUUUCGAAGCGCGUAACCCGGUUAAGGAGUCGACGAAGCCCACCAGAGUUGCCGUUGACACGGACAACAACGUGCUAGAAGUUAAAGCUGACGCAUAG